AUGAAUGGUUCCCUCUCAUUUGUGCCACCGCGCAUUAAUUCAGUGCCCCGCCGAGGGUAUUUUGGUCAUUUCACAUACGGGUGUAAAUGGACGGCGGCUCCCGUGCUAAAACCUAGCCGCCACCUCCUUCCUCGCUCGCUUCUCCUCCCGCAGCCGCCUCCCUCCCUCCCUCCCACGCAGCCGCCUCCCUCCCUCACUCGCUCCUCAUCCGGCAACGGCGACGGCGGCUCCCGUGCCCGCGUUCUUCCUCCCGCAACACGUCUCCUCUCACCGCCGAUCCCCAACCCAGACGUCAGCGCACACACGCCGGUGGCUCCCACCAACCACAGCGACGGCGGCAGCGGUCACAGAGGAGGGCAGCGGAUCAGCUGCACCGGCGAUGGCGUCCGUGGCGGCGGUGGAGGACGCGGCUGCGACGCUUCAGUGAUGUCGCGCGUGCAGCAGGUGGCGACGCGGUCGGGGCGCGCGCAGGAGUCGAUGCGCGUGGUGGCGGUGAGCAAGACGAAGCCCGUGGGCGUCAUCUGCGGCGUGUACGACGCUGACCACCGCUGCUUCGGCGAGAACUACGUACAGGAGCUCAUCGGCAAGGCCCCCCAGCAUUUUCCCUUGAUUAUGUUCAGAAGAUGCCAGACGGCGGUAGUGGUUUGCCAAAUUACAGUUCCUGGCAAGUACAUAGGUCUGGAUUUGGUGACUUCGGCUCACAUGUCAACAGACCUUCCCUUCUUCCCGUCGCCGCCGUCCCCAACCCACCCACGCACGGUUGCUCGACGCCACCUUGGCGGUGUUCUUCGACACUUGGGGGCAAUGGAGUAGCUGCGAGAGACCGGGAUUCUUGCAACUGCGAGAGACCUGUGACAUCAACUUGUUGUUUUGGUAAAGAAAAUUCUGCUUGUGCAGAAACUGCUGAAACUUUGAACUUUCUAAAAUUUUCUACUGGGUAUUCCAAAGUUAUUUCCCUCGUGUGUUGAUAUUAUAUACAGAUGGUAACAUAAAUAGCUUUUCUCCGCCACACAAAUUAUAGAUAGAAGGACAAUGAUUAGCAUGUGGGGAGAUGGAUGAGCUAAUCAAAUAUCUCAGGUACAUCAUGUAAUUAAAUUUGCAUACAUACACCAUUCCAUGUGCGGCAUCUUCAUAUGUAGUUCUGACAAUUCAUGUUGUCCAAUAAAUCAUUUAAAUUUUAUUUGCUUAUCUAUAAUAUUUGCCCCGUUAACACAUCUAUAAUUUGUGAACUUGUGUGCUUGAAGAAUAUAUGUACUCAUCGAAUAGGAAUUGAUUUCUACAUUAAACAUCACAUGUAAGUAAUUCCAAGAAAUAGUUUCAGCGAAACCAGAAGACACACCGACAGAUCAAAUAAUUCUUCAAUGCACUACCACUCACAAGAGCAAAUCAAUGUGUACAGCCAAGAUGCCAAUGAAGGGAGAAUUGAGUUCAAAAUGAGAGACUUACACACAUUUUCAGCAGUAGUAAGUUGCUCCUUAUGGUACUGUUGUAGACACAUUUUACCAAGCCUUUAUCCCAAUUGAAGCUGAUGGCAUGGUUCAUAUGAGAAAUCAGUAUAACCAAGUAGCAUAUGAGUCCAUCCAACAUAAUUCAACUUUCCAAGCUGACAUCCUGAACAUUCAGGCACGGAAGGGGAAAGGGCGACAACAGGAUCUGCCGGCACCGCUGCAAUGAGGAACAUGACCGGGCAUGGAGGCUCACGCACUCCUAGGACAACCGGGGAAUGACGUUGACGGCGUGGCCGCCAUGGUGACAGUCAUGGAAGAAUGCACGCACGGUCAAAGGGAGAUUGGAAAGAAGGGACACAUUAUCAGGGUCUAUGCAUGAAGAGGAGAGCACAGCGGAUGCCCAUGCACAAGUAAAGAACAUGCUCGCAAUUCGGGAGGCUCGACGGUAGCAGCGGGAAGGCGGUAGCGGCUGCCGCUGUUGAACGGACAGGCAGACAAGGAAGUGUAUUUAGUUUAUCAGAGUAUAUUAGUAGGUACUUAAAGCAAAAAUAGCAUUUCUUCCUAUAUAAAUGGUACAGCUUGGUGGUAAGCAAAAAUUUAAUUAAUACAUGUGUGACAGUUUUAGUUAGAAUAUCUCAAAAAUCAUCUCAAUAGUUUAGUCUUUAAUUUCUGUCCUAUUCCAGUUCCAAAGGCAUACAUGUUAGUGUCUUUUUCUAAUUUUGCAAGCUGCUGCAUGGAAUGUUGAUAAGCAAUCUUUUACUUUCUA